UGCGGCUUCUGCGGGAAACGAUUCACAAGGCCAUUCAACCUUCGGUCCCACAUUCUUGCCCAUAAGAAUACGCGGCCCUUCAAAUGCGAUGAGCUCGCUGAGACGGGGGGUUGCGAAGAGAAGUUCACACGGCUCCAUGAUCUUCGUCGCCACAUCGCCAAAAAGCAC